GCGGGGAGACUUGUUUUCUUUUGUGGGGGGUUGGUAGCGGGCUGAUGAUUCGUUGUUCAAGGGCCGGCGUUGGUUCGCAGGAUGGCUUGUGUGUCUUGCCUGUAUUUUUGGUAGGAAGUUGAGCGAGGAAGCAAGCAGAUAGGUGGGCAACGUGAACGGGGAUAUACGCGACAGGUAUAAGUUAUGCGUGCACAAGAAGGUGAGCAGGAAAGCAAAGGUAAAACGGGCGACGCUGGUCCUUUUUUGAAAGCUAAGUUUGGUCAAUACGGAGGGGUAAGUGUCGGUGAGAAUCCAGGUCUGCUGGCAGAAUGCAGCGUGCUAAUCCCAAUUGCUCUUCCGCCUAGGAGUAGAAGAGUCCAACGGCUGGGGGCAGCGAAAACAGGGAAACAAGAAAAGACGAAGAAGAAGAAAGAAAAGGGUGGUAUUUGAGGCAGCUCGUCGUCGCGCUGCCAGUUCCGUCAGCGGCGUCAUUGUCGCAGUCACCUGGCAGAAGGGAAGCAGAGCCCUUCGACCA